CAUCUUGCGAACCAUUUUCAUCCCCGAGAGCUGUGUGGCUUCGCAAAAGCAGACCAAACCGGUUAUAACAGGAAAAGAGGUGGUGGUUUAAAAUGUCAUGUGGCGGAGCGAUCAUGGAAGGGGACGCCUCCUCUACCGCCACCUCCUCCUCCUCCUCCACCUCCAUGGAGCCCCAGAUGAUGACCACACAUUCCCAACAUUUUUUUGGCGGACCAUCCCGACCAGACGCUCUCUCUGUCACUAUAAUCCAGUGUCGGAGGGGCGAUUUGGUUCUAGUUGAGGGCUCUAAAAGUGCAAGCGGAAGGUUCAAAAGGACAUGGAUGGAAGUAGUGAGAAGAGGUAUGGUGACUUAUGGUUUGACUGAGGAUAUGGCCUUUGAUAGAGCGGAAUAACAUAUCAGGAUUCGAGUAGCCGAUCCCAAAUAGUUGGGAAUAAAGCUCGGAUGAUGAUGAUGAUGAUGAUACAUUAUUUUAAUGAAAGUGUGGAAUGCUACCAUUGCUUCCUAUUCUAUCAACGCAAGAUGGUUUUCAUUCACUUUUUUGAUAGUUGUGUUUCAGUGUUAUGCGAGAGGAUUAUGGAAUGUUCACUUGGCCUAGUAGUGUUGUCUUGGCUGAAUAUGUGUGGCAGCAAAGAGCGCAUUUCUCAGGGAGGACUGUGAUUGAGCUUGGAGCUGGAACUGCGUUGCCCGGGUUGGUAGCAGCAAAAGUCGGUGCGGAUGUUAUCUUGACAGAUAGUUCAAAUAGACCAGAGAUUCUGGACAACAUGAGGCAGACAUGUGAUCUCAACAAAGUCAAUUGCAAAAUCAUGGGUCUCACAUGGGGUGAGUGGGACGCAGGAUUUUGUAGUUUGAAUCCCCAAAUUGUGCUUGGAGCUGAUGUCCUAUAUGAUUCCAGUGAUUUUGAAGAUCUCUUUGCAUCAGUUACUUUCCUGCUCCGGAGCACUCCUGGAUCAAUAUUCAUAACCGCAUACCAUAAUCGAAGUGGGCAUCAUCUUGUGGAGUACUUGAUGGUUAAAUGGGGAUUGAAAUGCGUAAAACUCUUAGAUGCUUUCUCUUUCAUGCCAGCAUCAAAAGCAUCUACCCUUCAGGGCAACUUUGAGUUAAUAGAGGUUAAGCUGGAUAGUGAUCUCGUAAAAGGUGAAUGGAGGAGAAUGUCGCUUCCAGCCAUGUUGGUUGGAGAAACAGUAGGGAAAUUUUUACUGGUGAGCAAAUUUGCAAAACAAUCGGUUCUCUUUGACUCGAAUGAGCCUAAAACUCUCAUGACCACAAAAACAGAGCCUAAUAAUAAAACCAGUAUCUAAUUGCACAUGAGAAAAGAAAAACAAAAGGUAAGAAGACCAGAAAGAGAAAAAUUGAUUGAUAUUUUUAGAACAUCGAGUGAGAUAGAGAGAGACAAAUGAGCAUAAGAAUAUAUGGAUUACAAAUGUCGAUGGGUACCACAUCCAAGAAAGCAAGGCAGCCUAUUUUAACUCCAUUAAAGCUCUCUUCAUGAGGUUAUGCGGUUAAAAACUCAUGUCCAAUAUUCCGGCGAAAUAGUCGUCGGUGUAUCCAUCCAAAGAUGGCACGGAGAUAGCAUAGGGUCGCUCAAAUGGCAAAGCUUCAAUUUUGCCGAGUUGAACAAACACAAUAACUCGCCGUCAGGGGAGAAAGUUUGCCUUUACCAGAUUUUAGUGUGGGGAUGGCACAAUUUUUUUUUUUUUGGUUUGAGUUUCACCAAUUUAACCGGUUGAUUUUAUUUGUUUUCCGGGUGACUUGGCACCCUACAUGUCAUUGGGAAAAGAGAUCUAACGGUGAUAGAUAGGGGUCCUAUGCAGCACGUAUGUGUGAGGG